AUGGGGGAGAAUCAGCCGAACGGAGCCGCUGCCGCGCAGCAGCCUGCGCCGACAAUGCAGCUGUACCGGGAGGAGCAAGCCCGCCUGCGGCAAAUGUUGGACAAGAGAGCAGCGAUUGCGAGGCGGCUCGCUAACAUCGAGUCGGAGAUCGAAUCCAAGGAAACGGCCUAUCUUGACAGCACGCCAAACGGCAAUAUCAUUGCGGGAUUCGACAACUACAUCAAGGGCACAGGCGCGGCCGCGCAGAGGAGGAAGGCGGGUGCUACGGAACAGAAUCGCGUGUUUUCACGGUCUUCGAUCUCGUACCGUCCUGGCAGUGAGGCUACCACACCCGGCUCUACGCCUGCCUCUCAUGCGCCGACACCGUUGUCCACCUCGUUCAAGGACGGCUCCGGCUCAAAUCACGCUACGCCCACGUCUGCCACCGCUUCCAAGUCAGGCAAGAAGAACAAGAAGGCGAACGAGGAGGACAGUGACCACGACUCGCAAGCCCCGAACAAGAAACGCAUCAACUUUGGCGCUGGACGGAAGUAA